UUCGUGAGCACUUAAAUCACGUGACCCGAUACCGCGUCAGUUUGACUCGAAAAAAGUUCUAGUUGGCUCAUUUUCUAUCUUUGCCGUAUUUUAUCGUGAAUUGUCGGUUCCACAACAACUAUGGAAAUAUACCGUGACGUGGAAGGCUCUCAAUUGUCAAGUUUCUCUGACAGAAACAGUGGGACUGUGAAAGGUAAGACCUUUCAACCAACACCUAGCAGGCAAACAUCAGCAGUCCCACGACAUGCGUUAGGGAAUGUGAGCAACAUAAAGUUUCAAGCAAUAAACAAGCAGAACAGCAAGAGUAUAUCAGAAACCCCGCUCCGGCAAUGUGUGAAAUCCUCUUCAAAUGUGGACAAACAACAGAUACCGGCACUCAAACAAACAUUGAAGUCUGUCUCUUGUGCCAGAGUAUCUUCACCAGUUAAAGUGCCUGGCGACAGCUAUCCGGAAAUAGAAAUCAUGCAUGUCACUAAGGAUGAACCAGAUGAUUUCGAGAGCGUCUGGCCAAGGGCACAGCGCAUAAGCACAUACGUAUCAGAAUUCUGCAGCUGGAGACCGAGUUACCCUCCACUAGCUAGCAAUAAUGACAUAGAAGGUAGUGACGAGGAGUGGUCACGGCCCACGUUGGAGCUAAUUCUACGACCUUACAACCAAACCCCAAUUUCUGGUAUUGAUGGCACUGUUGAGGCAAUAGAAACAACUGAUGUCUCACAGUUUAUGAGAGAAUUAGAUGAGCUAUCGAGUCUGCCAUCAGAAGAGGAGCUCUGGUAAAUGAUUGUACACAUGUAGUAUCAAGACGACCCUUGUAAGGAAUUCUAUGUUAGUAUAGCAGUGGUAAAGAACUUUAUUUUAAUUAUUAACAUCAUUUGAAAAAAAUAUAUUUGUUUUAAGAAAAGGGAAACUAGUUAUUUUGUGGAUGCAUUGCUAUAAAAGGCAUCAAGAAUGAUUCAGACAUAACCAGUUUAGACAAAAUCAAAAUCUGUUGCUAGUGCCAUCUCAUUGUGAAGUAAUGCUUCUGAGGCCUGUUGUCAGACUCAUUCUGGAUUUAGGAUCUCAUAACUAGUUAUGAGCCUGACAGUGGGCCUGUGGUAGUUCAGGCAGUAAUUGCUUAAUGAAAUAUAACAGAGCAAAAAUUAAAGCACUGCUGUAAUUGCCAUUGACAUCCGAUUAUUUCUAUUCCUUUUUUUAAUGUAUGUCGAUAUCUAACUAUUGUAAAUAACUUUUACAGCAUUGUGUAGCCAUGCUAUAAAGAACAUGUUUGAAAGCAUUUUUAUCAUACAUAAUAUAUAUAUACUUGUGUGAAUAAAUAUUUUAGUUAGGAA